AUGGAUAUGUAUUCAGUGACUGGAGAAAUUGUACUGCAAUGUAGUGCAGGUUCUACGGUUAUGUUUUACUCUGUAUUGGGAUAUCUGGGCUUCCUGGCCAUUAUCAGUUUUGCUGUGGCUUUCCUUGCCAGGACAUUACCAGACACUUUUAAUGAAGCCAAAUUUAUCACUUUUAGCAUGAUCAAAAAUCCUUCUAAUUUUACUGUACUAGUUGGAGCACUGAAGCUUUCGGACCCAGGGCCUCAGUCAAUCAUAGCCUCUGUGAAGCGUAUUAUUCUCAAUCCCAGCUAUGAAGGAGAUUCGAGGAUUGGAGACAUUGCCCUCGUCCAACUGGAGCAGCGACUGCACCUCAGCCAACAGAUCAGCCCCAUCUGUGUCCCCAAUGCCAACGUCAACUUCCCCCCAGGACAGAAGUGUUGGAGUACCACAUCUUUUUUGUGUAUGAGGAAAACAAAGGAAGGAAACAAAGAAAUCAGCAGUGGUGUUAUGGCCCACCACCAGCAAGGGCUACAGAGAAGAUUGUUACUACUGGUGCUCCUGCAAAUGAUAACAAAUGUUGAACCAAGCUAUGCCACCAGAGUUUGUGGAAAACAGGGCUAUCUGAACCGGAUUGUAGGGGGUACAGAUUCCCGGGAUGGAGAGUGGCCUUGGCAAGUGAGCAUCAAGCUGAAUGGACAUCAUCACUGUGGCGGUUCUCUUGUCACAAAUCAGUGGAUCAUCACAGCCUCGCAUUGUUUUAAAGGACGACAGAAUUCUGAUAUACUACAAAAACUAGAAGUUCCCAUAAUCAGCACAAAAAAAUGCAACUCUCUCUACCGCCAAGACUCUAGACAGCGCAGGUCCUCAAGAGAAAUUAAAGAAGAUAUGAUAUGUGCUGGCUUUGCUGCCGGACAACGGGAUGCUUGCCAGGGUGAUUCAGGUGGUCCACUGGCCUGCCGGAUGGAAGAUUUUUGGUUUAUUGCAGGAGUAGUGAGCUGGGGAGAUGGAUGUGCCCAGAAGAAUCGUCCUGGAGUUUAUGCAAAAGUGGCAUACUACCAGAAAUGGAUCCACAGUCAAAUACCAGAGCUUAGAGACACCCAUGGGUCAAGAGUAAACAACAGUAGUAUCAGUCACAGUGCCUCUACUGGCAGUUUCAGUUUCAUCUCCCUCCUUGCUGCCACUAUUGUUUUGCAGCUAUUAUCUCAGCAGACUUUUUAA